UGGCUUUGAGUAUGGAUGGUAGCUACAUCAACCAACGUCCUAUUCAUUUACUGAGACUAUUGUAAAGAAAUAAAGCAUUUUUUUUGCGUCGAAAAGUGAAGGUGGAGAGGCGGCAGUAGUAGUCGCGAGUAGUGUUCACACGCUCGUCGUACUACGGACAGCUCGCUUCCCCGUGCGUUUUUUUUUUUUAUUGCCCCCCGGUUGAUUCCGAUAGCUAGCUAACUGAUACUAACGACAAUUUUGUAAAUAUUAGCCAGCUAAGCUAACCACUGCUGGUAAAAUGGCCACCAUGGAUAAAUUGAUGAAGGCCUUUGAAUCUCUCAAGUCAUUCCAACAACAACAGGGACCGCCAACGGCCGAGGAGAUGGCUCAAAAACAGAAGAAAGAGCUGGCCACCACCAAAAAGGACAGAGUGGCCCACUGCCUGACCAUAUGUGAGAACAUCGUUGCUCAGUCUCUGAGAACGUCUCCGGAGUUCCAGAAGCUUCUGGGCAUCGCCAUGGAGAUGUUCUUGCUGUGCAGCGACGACAGAGAGUCAGACGUCAGGAUGGUGGCAGACGAGUGCCUGAACAAAAUCAUCAAGGCGUUGAUGGACUCCAACCUGCCUCGACUGCAGCUGGAGCUCUACAAAGAGAUUAAAAAGAACGGUGCCUCUCGGAGCCUGAGGGCUGCUCUCUGGAGAUUCGCUGAGCUAGCACACCUCGUCAGACCACAGAAAUGCAGACCCUACCUGGUGAACCUCCUCCCCUGUCUCACCAGGAUCACUAAGAGACAGGAGGAGACUGUUCAGGAGACCCUGGCUGCUGCCGUUCCUAAGAUCAUGUCUGCUCUGGGACACUUCGCUAACGACGGAGAGGUCAAGGUGUUGUUGAAGUCGUUUGUGGCCAACCUGAAGUCCGCUUCUCCUACGAUCCGCCGGACGGCCGCCUCCUCAGCGGCUAAUAUGUGUCAACACUCUAGACGGUCCUCCUACUUCUACACCUGGCUGCUCAACGUCCUGCUGGGUCUGUUGGUUCCUGUAGACGAGGAACAUCCUAACCACCUGGUUCUGGGGGUGUUGUUAAACCUUCGCUACCUGAUGCCUCAACUACAGCAACAGGACAGGACCACCAGUCUGAAAGGAAGCUUCGGAGUGAUGAGGAAGGAGGCAGACUUACAGCCCACGCCCGAACAGCUACUGCAAGUCUAUGAGUUGACUCUACACUACACCCAGCAUGGUGACCACAACGUGGUGACCGCCUCUCUGGAACUGAUGCAGCAGAUGUUCCGGACUCCUCCCCCGGAGCUACUGCACAUGCUCAUUACGCCCGGCAGCGUUCCGCACGCCAGCGUGUUCCGACAGGACGUCGAGAGACGCGCCCACUCCGGCAGCAUCCAGGAGUUCAUUGGCAAGAUGCUGUUGGGGGAGGAGGAGGGGUUGGAGGACGACCCUGAGAGGGCAGAGGUCACCACCGGUGCCUUUACAGCCUCUGUCGCGGGCGCCGACGCCACAACCCAGGUGGUCGACAUCAUUACCCAGCAGCCCCGUCCCUCACAGCAUGCUCUGCAGCCCGGCGAGUCCGUGGACCUCGGUGGCGCCUCCUCGGAACAAGGAACGACUGCCCUCGGGACCUCCGGAACCGUCUCCGGCGGCGAGGGAGGGGCGGGGACUCCCGAGUCGCCCAAUGACAACGCAGCGGAUGAGGACAUGCUCAGCCACAGCUCCAGCGGGGCUAACGUUACCCCGGAAACGGCCGACUACGCCACACCGGAGAACGCGGAGAUGCCCGACGGGCCCCUGCUGGACCCCCUAGGAGACCCCUCGCUGCCCCCGAGCGCCGACUCAUCACAGACCACCACAGAGGGGCCGGACUCGGCCGUCACGCCUUCAGACGUUGCUGAACUCGUAAGUCUGUCUGCCGUGUAGGAGUUACAUUCGUUAUUAAUAGAGAAUUAAUUUGAUUGAUUUUACUAGA